CUAAGCAUGCAGACUGCUUCUACAAACAUUUGUGAAAGAAUGGGUCGCUCUUGGGAGCUCAGUGAAUUCAAGUGUAGUACCAUAAUAGGUUGCCAUCUGUGCAAUAAGUCCAUCCAUGAAAUUUCCUUUCUACUAAAUAUUCCAUGGUCAAUUGUUAGUGGAAAUGUGAAAGUGAAAGCAACUGGGAAUAGCAACACAGCCACAAAAUGCAUGCCACUGGACUCUAGAGCAGUGGAGAAGUGUUCUGUGGAGUGACGAAUCACGCUUCUCUGUCUGGCAAUCCAAUGAAUGUGUCUGGGUUUGGCGGUUGCCAGGAGAACGGUACUUGCCUGACUGCAUUGUGCUAAGUGUAA